CGCUCAGUGCAGCUCCCUCCCCCAGCCUCAUGCUGAAGCUACCAGCUCAAAUUUGUCAGUGUUCACUUCUGAAACUGCUCACUACAGAAAACUGCUGCUGAUCACGUCCAUGUCAUAUACACACACAUGGUGGUUACUUUUGAACACACAUGCACGCGAAUGUGCUUUCCUAACAUCAAAUACUAAAUGUAUCUCAUUUUGCCCUGUUCUCCCCUACUGUCGGUAGAGUAAACUGAGUUGAACCAUCUAAACGAACCCGUUGAACCCAAAAAGAAAGCAUUUCAUACUCCUCAACACUAAGCGGCGGUGUGGCUGUCUGUGUCUGCGUGUGCUGAAAAGCCCUGAGGCUGCAGAGCUGCUGUUCAGUCAGCAGCACACUUCAGACUGUGCGGACUAAUAGAACGACGCGCAUCAUGCCCUCUCCAAUCCCCGUGACCCGCCUGCUGCCCAAAGACAUCUAUCCCUCUGUGGACAUUGGGACCUGCAGCAGCCCGCUGACCAAACACCCUCACGGCUCCUCUUUACAGGUGCCUGCUCAGCGGCUCCACGGCAGAGUCGCCAGUCGGCUCUGGUCCUCUGUGAUCUACUGGAAGGAGCUGCGCUCCGUGCAGCCUGUGGGUUCCGGAGGGUUCGGCUCGGUCUACAAGGCGGAGUACCUUGGGGAGACCGUCGCACUGAAGAAAGUCAAAAAGUGCGCCAAGAACAAACUGGCGUCUCGACAGAGCUUCUGGGCCGAGCUGAACGCUGCACACCUGCGGCACAAAAACAUCGUUCGCGUCAUCGCGGCGACCACCUGCGUACCGGCGGAUUUUGGAGAUGAAAGCAGCAUCGGAACGAUACUGAUGGAGUUUGUCGGGAGCAGAAAUCUGCAGCAGACUAUUUACGGCUGUGCAGAGCCGCUGGAGGCAGACAGGUGGCUCAGGUACUCCUCAGACAUUGUUCACGGAUUGCGGUUCCUUCACUCCCACAGUAUUGUGCAUCUGGACAUAAAACCAGCCAACUUGUUGGUGUCCAGUGAGGACGUCUGCAAAAUCGCCGAUUUCGGCUGUUCUCUGAAACUGGACCGUGGGUGCGAGGAUACCGCCAUCAGCCCCUAUCUGAGCCACGUAGGCGGCACGUACACGCACAGAGCCCCGGAGCUGCUGAAAGGAGAAGGGGUGUCUGUCAAAGCGGAUAUCUUCUCCUUCGGGAUCACUCUGUGGCAGCUGAUCACCAGAGAGCAGCCCUACACCGGCGACAGGCAGCACGUGCUCUACGCGGUUGUGGCACACCAUCUGCGGCCGUCGGUUCAGGACCAAGAAGUGUUCCGGUCGCAGCAGGGGCAGCUGUGCAGGACUCUGCUGAGCCGGUGCUGGAGUGGAGAGCCCCGCUGCAGACCCAGCGCCCAGGAGCUGCUGCCUGACCUGGAGCAGCUGCGCUCCCACAUAUGACUGUUUUUACAGCUGUGGCUUUAGUCAAAUGGACUCGUUUUAGGAGCGUUUUAGUGGGUUCUGUCCUGCAGCGUCAGCUUUACCGGACAGUGGACUAACAAUUUUCUUGUAUGGUCCUUCAUGUCGAAUCCUGUUUAGAAAGUAUGCAGUUAAAUGGCGUCUUGUUGAUCGGCGAAAAUACAAUGUGUGCCUCAAAAUCAAAAUUUCUAGGACGCCAUAUCCGGAUGCACUUUACAAUUCGGCACAUAUAAAACCCAGCACCAAGCACUACUUGUACUAAAAUCCAGCUUCGUGGUUGUUUCCUGUCGCUCACUCUAACCGGAUUGAUGUUUGUUUUUUUUCUUCAAGUAAAUGUGGUUCACUUAUUUGUGUGCCUAAUUGAACAGUUGCUGCUAAUGAUCAACCAAGGACAUUGCACAGUAGUGUUGUCGGCAGUGUGAGGCUACUUGGCUGUGCCAUGUUGGAGGGUAUCUUUAAAAUGCUGUACGAUUGAAGGCAACACAGUCCUCUGAAACAGUCACUACAGCUUGCAAACUGCUACACCUAAAACUCCUCAUUUAUUCUCCCUUUUUCAGUUGUACAGAUUUAUUUGCAUGAAUACCGUCAGACUGAUGUAUUUGCACUUGUGUUUCCAAAAAAGUUUGACUUGAGUCAUUUGCUAUCAGUGUCUCUGCUAGAGGCAUCACUCCUGGAGUAUCAAGACAACAAACUUUGCUUUAUGUAGAUGUGUCAUUAUUUCAGCCCACUGACAGAAGUUCUUAACACAUGUCAUUAACACAUCAUUGUUUCACCUCACCUCAGGUUAUUGUGAGAGUUGACAGUUUUAGCCAUUUUUUUUCUUAACCUGUGAAAUCAAAUGUGUUGUGAGUUGAAUUUUAUUUACUAUGAUGAGUUUGUAAAAUGAGAUUUAAGAGUGAUAGGUUUUCAUUAAAAUUAUUUUUAUACUA